GAGCUGAUCUCGAGCAAGCUACAUCAUGUAAUCACCAUUACCUUCACAUCUUCAGCUCUCCUAGUGUAUUCAUGCACACUCGGGUAGUCAACGUGAGGCAGCAUACGAACUUUACCAGUGAAAUACUCAGUAGGGCUAUACCAUGAACCAAUAGGGGACAAGUUUGACUUCCCCUUCACGCUUCCAAUUGGAUUUGAAUCGUUUUAAUUUUAAAGCGUCGGGCCGUGGCGCCUGGCUGCAUACGUUCUAGAGAACUUUGUGUUUGUCAGGAGAGAACUCUACGCCUGAUAUGAACUUAGCAGUUGUUGGAGGGCAAACUUUCGGGGCACGUAGGACUCUAUUUACCGAAUGAUGUCUGUUGCUGAUCCCUGGGAGGGAUUUGGAAUCUGAUCAAAUGCAUUCUACCGCUGUUCAAUUUUGACUGACUCACUUUCACUGAUAGAACACUUUUAAGCAUACGACCAUGGUUUAAACUGUCAUCAUCAGUGCGAGUUGUUUAGACUGCAACCAACCGUCUAUUACUACAAGCUUGCUCUCUUUAACAUUAAGUGAACCUUUCUCAUGCAGUAGACCUUCAACAUAAUCUUCGUUUCACUCGCUCAAUGCGCUUGAUUGCCCGUAAUAAAACGCAUAAAAGGUUACCAAUUAAGGUGGCCAGAAGCACUGCACUGCAAGGUACAAAAACCGCCUCCAGCCUUCCUUCUCUCUCUCUCUCUCUCUCUCUCUACAGUGGGUGGAUUUAAAAGUACGUCUCUCAUUCCGAUUUGUUAAAAUUACAUUUUCGCUUAUCGAACAUGCUUGCACAUAAUGAAGCUCCUUCAAUGACUUGAAUCUACGCAGCGAGCAUCUCCAAAUCCUGCUUGAUUGGUGCCAUAUAACCAGAUUUGCUCUAUUGAGGUCGUCUAAUGAGCAUACUAUGUACACUUCUAUAUGCGAUGAUAGCUGGAAGGGGAAAGAAACUGACGUGGGUGAUAAGAGCACGCCUCAUGCAUUUAGUAUUUGACAAGAUUGUAAAAAAGCUCACGGAAAGAAUCGAGAAUUUGUUGGAUGGCUGUGAUCUAACUACGUCAUGUGGACUGGAAUGAUCGUGUCUUAGUACACCCGGGGGUAAACAGCAAGACAAGUGUGAAUUUUCGCACUUUUUACCGAGAUUUUUCACACACUGAUGUAACAUUUUGAUGAGUCUCUUCCUUUUAAUUUUUGGAGUGACGUGCAUUGGAUAUCUCACCUGAUACAGACAAUCUGAAUUAUAAGAUCGCGUGUAACAAAACAAAAAAACUGCUACUGUUCUUUUGAGAGUUUUGGUCUGCAACUUUUUUGUUUUAAAUGGUUCAAACUGACGUUAUCAUAAAUAUUUCUCUCUUCCCGUUUACCAGAUCGACCAGCUUUUAGUUACCACCGGCUUACCAUCUGAAAGUGACAAUAAUUCAUUUUUGGACACUUUUGUGAUAUAUCUACAUGAAAAAAAUAACGAAGUAAGAAAUACCUUGAAUUUUGUUUCAGUUUUAAUUGAAUGAAAUCGGUUAUCUCAACCUAUUGACAUUGCGCUUUAGUUCUUCAUUCAAUCUAAUGAGGUAUUCUGGAGUAACUCCAUCAUUCGUGGAUAAAGAAGCGGGGGCCUACUCUUCUAUCGUUGGAUGAAACCAAGACGACGUCAAAUAUUUUAACAAGGAAGGGGGUACAUACUCUGACGCGAUAGCCAGAUUGAUCCACGUCAAUCUUUGUUCUGGAAAGCUGUCGUUGAGAUUCAGCAGAUAGAGACGCAUAUAGCUCCUCCUCACCAUCUCAUUCUAGUCACGUCAUCUCAUCAGGAGCGACAUUAAGAUCAGGAAGGUGUUGCCAGCCACGGAGUGAGUAAUCGAUGCCGAAUGGCUUUCGAAUUGAGAUCUGACAGUGAUUAAAUAUAUUUUCCCCCAGAAAAAUUGUUAUCAGAGCAAACAUGGUCGCUUUUAGCCAGACGACGCGACGGAUAUCUCGCCUCUGAUUUGGUUGAGGAGCGUCGUGAUGAGAUCAUUAGAGAUGAAAUCUUUUAAUGUGGUUUAGAGACGAUGAAACAUGCUGUCUCAGCGACUCUAACAGCAGUUCGUCAUUAGGGACUAAAUUGAUCGCAUUAUGUCAAACAUCUUUCUGACCUAAUUUGUGAUUGCUCAUUGACAACCUAUAGAAUGAUAUCCAAAUAGUGGGAUUUCAUGCGAUAUUUUUAGUUCAUUCGUAAAGACUCCAUGCCAUGAUUAUUCAUGUAAUAUUCUCUAGUCCGCAAGAAGUCAGACGCCUGGCGUUGUUUGAAAGGAAAUGAUGUUCUGAAUACUGCGUACACGUUUUUUUAGAACGCAUUCCUAAUUUUGGCGUGAUGCUAGAAAUGCUGUCAAGCUACGGAGUUGUCGUUCGGCGAUAAACUAUGAAUUAUCGAGGCGUGUGUGCUGUAACAGUGCGUUAGCAUCAUGAUGAUCAUCUAUAAAAGAGAGCUGAAUACAAAUUUUUGAAGCGAUUAAUUUUGCUGAGGAGAGUGAACUAGAUGUAUCAGAGGAUUUUGUGGUCUGCAAAUAAGACGAUGGCAGGUACAACACCCGCGUCGUAUUUCGCCGAAUACGACCCUCUUUACUCCUCUGCAUCGAUUCUAAGUAACUAUUCGGCAAAUGAUAACCUUUCUGGUCCUAAUGUCUCGCCGCAGCCUUAUCCACCGAGUGGUUACGGCUUGACUCGGAUACUUAUCUGCUCCUUUAUGGCCUUAAUAGUCAUCAUCCUCAUCGUGAUCGGUAACAUUAUGGUGUGUAUUGCAGUCUUCAAGGAGAGAUCACUCCAGGCUGUUCAGAACUGGUUCCUGGUGUCUCUGGCCGCGAGUGACCUCAUGGUGGGAAUCCUCAUCAUGCCGCUGGGUGUUGUGAAUGAAAUGCUUGGACAUUGGAUCUUUGGAAACCACGUAUGUCUUCUGUGGCUUGUCCUCGAUGUCUUAGCAUGUACAGCUUCCAUACUCAAUCUAUGCUUGAUAUCCAUUGAUCGUUAUUGUUCUAUAACAAGACCGAUAAAGCACGCUGAAUGGCGCCAGCCGUGUAGGAUCCGUUCUAUGAUAUUCAUGGUGUGGCUGUUAUCUAUUCUCAUCUCAGUUCCGCCGCUCUUUGGGUGGAGAUCAGAAAUCAAAAUGGGUGACAAUGGUUACUACAAAUGUGUUAUAAGCGAGGAUAUCGGGUAUAUUCUCUACUCAACUAUGGGCUCGUUUUAUAUUCCUGCGUUUAUCAUGGUGAUAGUGUAUUGGAAAAUUUGGUUAGCAGCAAAAAGGAGAGCGCGCUCUACUGUUCGAAAAUCGAAACGCACUAAUGGUAAAAACAUGAUAGCGUCUGAAUGUAUAUCCGUUGAUGAUCGUACAAAUUUUGAUGGAAAAACGUACGCAAUGAUACACAAAGCAGAUCCUGAUAUACAAAUGGCUACUUUGCAAGUGGACCACGAGCACAUAGCGAGGCCUAUCCCUUCGGCUUGUGGAACGAGCAGUAGUAACCCGGACGUCGACAGUACGCAUGACCGGAUACCACAUUCCCCGUCGGAAAACACGCUUCAUCCGCCGUCGAUAACGACGUCGACGUCGCUUCUCCCACCAGGGAUGAGAGCAAGCGAUACCCAUCUCAGACCUGAUACCCCUCAGAUGCAGCAUCGACCAUCUCGCAUUGAUCCACACGAGAUUGAGAAACAGAAACGACGACUGGCACAGAGCCGGGACCGAAGAGCCACUAUAGUUCUAGGAGUCAUUAUGGGUACCUUCCUCGCAUGUUGGUACCCGUUCUUCCAACUCUACGUCAUCUCUGCUCUAUGCGGUCCAUCGUGUAAAAUACCACGUUUGCUCUUCGAUUUCUUCUUCUGGAUCGGAUACUGCAACAGUGCCUUGAAUCCUAUCAUCUAUACUAUUUUUAACCGCGAUUUUAGACGAGCUUUUAAGAAGAUGCUCGGUUUUCGAAGACGUCCGAAAAAACGAUGAAAACACCAAAAUAUUGUAGAAACACGUAUGACGUAGUUUCUUUUGUAGUUCCUACACUUAGUGAGUUGCAACUCGGUAUCAGUGGUGAUAUUCUUAACAUCUUGUGUUAUGUUGCUGCAUGGUAAUGUAUCGAGGUUAUUUCUGGGAACUAGUUUCACUAACUUGUGUCGGACUCCAAUGAAUAGAUAAAGACUUUAACAUCAGUGACUGAAAUUUGGAGAUAAUAGCGAACACUAUAAAGUGACCCCGAAGGACAACAUCCUCGAUUUGUUUUCCAUUAGUGUAGCCUACUGCAGGACCACAGUCAUCGUUUCUUUCGUUCAUCAUUUUAAGAUGGACCUAUGUGCUCGGUGCUGCAACCUUUUGAGGAAGCAGCAACACUUAGAAAUGUUUUCUUGCAGCAUUUUGUAAAAUAGACUGAAGCGCUGAUUUGAAAAUCGACGAUAUCAAAUGUAUAUUAAUUUUACAUACACAUAGCUAUAUCUCUUUACGCAACACUUUUUUUAGAUUGAAGAAAGCCAAAGAAUGCUGGGUAUUGUGAUAAUGAACCCAGUAAAUACAUGUAUUCUUGUCUAGUUUAUAACUGAUUGCUACUGGAAUAUUGUGAUGAUUGAAUUUACGGAAUACGUGUAACGGUGAACCGAGAUCGACUAAUUCAUUAUUCUAUACACUCUGUAAACAGUUGGUAAAAUGUUAACCCAAUAUGCAUGUUCUCUUUUCAACCAAUAUCAUGUCAAUUUUACCCAAUUUUCUUUUAGAGUGUACGCUGUCAGUCAUGGGUCUAGGCAGUAAUUAUAUAAUCUUUUUAUAGUCGGGAGUAUCUAUUUAUAUCCUUUACCGAUCCCACUAUGCAUAUUUGCCCAAUAUUCAGGAUAUCAAGUAAUGAAGAUGCAAAAGGGGAAAACUCUACUGCUCUGAAAAUGAUGAGAGUAACAGAGCUGGUGGUUUUGUUGUGCCGUAAAACACGAAAUGUAUUUGAUACUCUUUUUCUCAAAGUAAUCAGGAUACAUAUGGUGAAAACUUUCUUGUUUGUAAAACGAUGCCACUUCUGUAGGGUUAGUUAAAAGCAUGAAUGCGUUAUUGACGAGUAGAUAUAGACUUGGGGGUGAAGUAGUUCGAGAAAAAAGAAAGCCCGCCAAAACAGCCUUUAAAAAGGAAAUCUAUCAAACCUCUCUGAACAGCAAAAUGUUCCCACUGACGAAAAAGUACAAUAUAUUUUGAUCCAAAAUUUGAGGGAUGAAGUCUUGAAUCUCGAUUCUGAUGUAUAUUGUCAUGUUUAGAAUAUUUGUCUAUAACUAUUAAUCAAAUGAUUCUACUUAUUUUUGAAGCGUUGUGUCACACUGUCACAUUCAACUUAAUCGUUUAACGUUUGUGUUUAAGUAUACUUCAUCGUUUUUUUUAAGAAAGACUUUUUAAGUGGCUAGUAAUGUACAUGUACGUCAGUGAAGAAAACAAAAUCAUUGAACUAUUAAUUCAUCGAAAAGAUGUUGAGGUUAUCAAACCCAAGAUAACAACAUUUUGAGUGGUAAAAUAAAAUUGUAGUACUUUAAAGAAAAGUAAUAAUAAAGAUACAAAAUAUUCAAAUAUGUCAUUUCUUCAUUGAAUUGAUAAGGCUGAUUUAAUCAUGAUUUAAACAAAAAUAGAUGAAAUGAGACACUUCCUCCGCUGACCUAUCAAGCCAUAGACUAGUCACUGUAGAAUUACAGAUGAACUAAAAUAUGGUUUCACCAAUCUUUACACCUCAGGAAGUCGCCGAAAAGACUGUUUGAAAUCCCUGAACGAAUCACAAAGAUGUUUAAAUACAUCUCUCAUCCAUUAUUUAAACAUAUUUGUGGCUUACACUCAGGAAAUAAGAUCGAUUGAUAA